CGACGCAUGGGCAGAGUUUCUGCGGAGCUCACGAGUUGGUAUAAAGUAGAUCAGGAUACUCUCUCUGUUGAAUGAUUUUUUUUUAGAGUGCUGUGACGAUCUCGAGGAAGGGAUAAAAAGAACCGUUCUCUACACUUCAACUACUUCUUUUCAUCUAACGCAACUGUGCGAUUGUAGUCUAUUCUUGAAAGAGGUUUUAAAAGUUCAGCACUCUCUUAAAGCGGACUAAUAACAAGAUCAGAGCUUGUUUUUUGUGUUGACAACUGUCUAACGUUUCAUUGGAAUUUUCAAUAAUUAUGGCAAAACGUAUCAUCUUUGUUUUCUUGACAAUGGCAGUCACCAGUCGGGUGGGUGCCAGCUGCCCGGCGGUGUGUGAGUGUCCAGCCAUGCCCCUCUCGUGCCUCCCCGGGGUGAGUGCGGUGGCCGACGGCUGCGGGUGCUGCAAGGUGUGUGCCUCCCAGCUGAACCAGGACUGCAGCCCCACGAUGCCCUGCGACCACCACAAGGGACUGGAGUGCAACUACGGCAAUGACGUGACCCUGGCCCAGGGCAUCUGCAGGGCGAGAAAGGAGGGUCGUACGUGUGAGUACAACGGGAGGAUCUACCAGAACGGCGAGAAUUUCCGUGCCGGCUGUAAACACCAGUGUACCUGCAUCGACGGCGUCGUAGGCUGUUCCCUGCUCUGUGCCAACCGUCUGCCCCCCGCCACCCCCUCCUGCCCCUACCCCCGGCUGGUCAGGGUGCCAGGGCAGUGCUGCUUCACCGUGGACUGCCACAAGGGUACCUGGCGCCUUCCCCCCACCAAGCAACAUCGCCAACCAACACAACCCAAACCUCAGCCAGACCAGUACCAGCCGGAUAACACACUGGGCAAUGAGCUGGUGGAGAGAGGCAAGGGCUGGGAAAAUGAACAAGGCUACAAGCACCUGCCUGUAUGGAAGCAUUCGUUGGAGAAGUGUGUUGUCCAGACAACGGACUGGUCCCAGUGCUCACGAAGCUGUGGGAUGGGAGUGUCCUCACGCAUCACCAACGACAACGCCCAGUGUAAGCUGGAUAGAGAGACGCGCCUCUGCACCAUCCGGCCCUGCGGUGAUGUAGCCAUCCCGCCCAAGAAGGGCAAGAAGUGCUCCCCGACUCCAAAAGCCUCAGAACCCAUGCGUCUGUCGUAUGGCGAGUGUCAGAGUGUCCGCCUCUACCGGCCCAAUUACUGCGGCGCCUGUACGGAUGGCCGCUGCUGCUCGCCGCGUCGUACGCGCACCGUUCCUGUGACUUUUGUGUGCCCGGAUGGUGAGCGUUUCCAGAGAGACACCAUGUUCAUCCAGUCGUGCAAGUGUAGCAAGGAAUGCGGCCAUCUCAACGAAGUGGCCUUGCCACCACAGCACUGGAUGUAUGGAGACACACAUACGUUCAUUGACUAGCUUGAUCGUGUUGGAACAGAAUCCUCAAACUUGACUGAGAACAUUGACAAGGGAAGGGUGACAUUUUUUAAAUAAAUACCAUGGGCCUUGA